AGAGUUGGCGGGUCGCUGAGGCAUUGGAUGCCUUUUGUCUCGAGAGCCGAAAACGAGAGAUAGAAAGAGGCGGACGUAAAAAUAAAGAGCUUUUCCUCCUGACCUAACUGUAAAUCGCCGUACAUUUAAAACUCAGAACGUACAGUAUAUUCUCGGUUUCGUUCGAACCUAUUUUUUCCUAAAGCUCUGUUGAAGUUGACAAGGAACCAGCUGGUUCCACUGACCCCCCCCUUCCCAGCAAGUAUGAGCGAGCCAACAGAACCCCCUAACGGUGCUCCUCCCACAGAAGCCCCCCCGGCAGAGGUCAAGCUGGCGCCCACUACAGGGAAGAAGCAGACCAAGAAGAAGGUGGAGGAGGUGGUGGAGGAAGAGGAGGAGGAGUAUGUGGUGGAGAAAGUGCUGGAUCGGCGGGUGGUGAAGGGCCGGGUGGAGUACCUGCUGAAAUGGAAGGGCUUCUCUGAUGAAGACAACACCUGGGAGCCGGAGGAUAACCUGGACUGCCCGGACCUGAUCGCCGAGUUCCUGCAGUCGCAGAAGACCGCCCACGAGGUGGAGAAGAAGGAGGCGGGAGCCAAACGCAAGCCCACGGAGUCCGACACGGAGCCCGCCGGGGAGGAGAGCCGGCCCAAGAAGAGGAAAGACGAGCCGGAGAAGCCCCGGGGUUUCGCUCGAGGGCUGGACCCAGAGCGCAUCAUUGGAGCCACAGACUCCAGCGGAGAGCUCAUGUUCCUCAUGAAAUGGAAGAACUCGGACGAGGCAGACCUGGUUCCAGCCAAAGAGGCCAACGUGAAGUGCCCCCAGGUGGUGAUCUCCUUUUACGAGGAGCGGCUGACGUGGCACUCCUACCCCACCGAGGAGGAGGAGAAGAAGGACGACAAGAACUAGCCAAGAAAGAGACGUGGGGGAGGGAGAGGGGAAGGGGGUUAAAAAGCUGACCAGGGUGAGGGUGGGGGGUUUUUGGGGAGGGGGGGAGGGGUGCAGUAUUUUCUUAACCACCUUGCUUUUUACCAACCCGGACUGUUUAAGUGGCCUUUCAUUCCACACACAGACAGUACUUUUGGGUGGGCAGGGGGAGGGGCAUCGUGGGAAAUGUAGUUCCCCUUUUCUAUGCCAUUCAGUCUAUUCACCGAUGACCUCUGGUGGGCUGUGCAUCUGUGCAUAUGGUAGUCGGACCGGCUGCUUGUUUGGCUGAGGUGACAUAGUCCUGCGGUGGGGGGGGGGGGGACGGGGGGGGGGACAGGGACAGGGUAACCACCGCCAUCCCAGGACAGCUGGACCCAAGCCCUCAGACAUCCGCAGGGUUUUCGGGCUUUAAGUACCAUUUCUCCAGCUCAGUUUCUCCUCUCCUGUCUGCAUCCUCUGCCACUGCCACCCCCCACCCCCCGCUGAGCUAUUUCUGUCCCUCAGGCUGUUUUUAUUGGAACAUAUGUCAGCUGUUGGCCUUUCUUAUCAUGCCAUUAUCAUAUAAUGUGUAAAUAUUAUUUCUUUUAUUUCUUAAGGAAAAUAGGUUUUUAAAAAGAGGGAGAAGGCCAAGGAAUGGCUCAGUGGAGGUCAAAUUCUUGGACAAAGAUUCUUCUAGAACUUCUCACUUCGGCUUUUUGACUUCUGCUGCAGUUGAUGAAGAAGGGCCCAAACGCAGGUGCAUUUAACGGCCUGUCAGUCCCCACCCUGGUGGGGGGUGAGCAGAUUGGAAAUGAACUGUUCAAUUAGGUGCAAGCCAAGAUGUGCGUUGCAGAGCUGUAGAACUUGCAGAGCAGUGUUCUAUGAGAGAACUGUGGGUGUAGUGCGGCCGUUUCUUAUCAGUGGUUGUGUGACUGAGGUCUGGCGGUACCUGCCGCAAGGCUAGGUGCGACCAGAUUCCCCUUCAUUUUCUUGCUGAUUUAAUGUUUGGUCAUCUAUGGCAGUCCCUCCCUAGAUCAGUAAGAGGACAGUGCUGAGACUGAGGCGCUUGAUUUUGCAGCCGUGAUGCAAUCGAAGAGCGAGUUUUUGGUGUCCUUCUGGCUCUGGUACGUCGAUCCGUUUGAAACGGAGGUGGACAAUGAGGGCCGUGUCUCUCUGGUUUUCAGGCUUCUGGCCCUGGCACUCUCAGCAGAGGACGUUCUGGCUGCAGCUGAAUGCUGCUCCUUGUGUCCUAGCAUGAAACCUACUGUGAUCUAAUGUGUGAGUGAACCAGUGCUGGCGUGUUCAGCCAAUCAGCGCAUAUGCCCAGGGUGACCGGUGGAAACGAAACGCCUGCACACACGCCCGCCCUCUAGGACUGGAAUUACCCGCCCCUGUUCUAGAAUCUGUUACGCCAUUGGCUGAUCAGUCCAGGAGCCCCCCCCCCUCCCCAAAGGUACUCUGUAACCAGUGCUGGAGAGAGAUCAGAGUAUCUGGCAGAUAGCAGAGAUGUGAAACAGUGUUGUCGACUCCAUUUCAUUUCCUGUACUCAUACCUCAGUUCCUUCUUUAUCUGCAGUGUGGACCCUGAGGGCAAUACUCAGGUGUGGGGUGGAGCCUGAGGGCAGUACUCAGGCGUGGGGUGGACCCUGAGGGCAGUACUCAGGCGCGGGGUGGACCCUGAGGGCAAUACUCAGGCGUGGGGUGGAGCCUGAGAGCAGUACUCAGGUGUGGGGUGGAGCCUGAGGGCAGUACUCAGGCGUGGGGUGGAGCCUGAGGGCAGUACUCAGGCGUGGGGUGGAGCCUGAGGGCAGUACUCAGGCGCGGGGUGGAGCCUGAGGGCAGUACUCAGGCGUGGGGUGGAGCCUGAGCGCAGUACUCAGGCGUGGGGUGGAGCCUGAGCGCAGUUCUCAGGCGUGGGGGGCUCUGCACUCGGUUUGCAGGAGUUUACGAUCAAGGAGGAGGUGGGAGGAGGGGAAACGCCCUGUUCCAAAUCAGCAGCUAAAAAAAAAAAACACCAAGUACAAUAUUUCAUAAUGUGGGGGGCGUUAUACGGUGUGUCGCAAAUGUAAAUCUGUUCCGUUUAACCUCCAGGACUGCAAAAACAGCAACGGCCUCAGCUGGACAUCGUCAGCCGGUCCACAACCGACGCUUCUGUACCGUUAAAGAUGAAAUGGGCGGGGCCGUCUACGGGAAAAUUUCCGCUGGAUUUUAGCGGGAGCAAAAUGGCCAUCGCGGUAUUUAAUACACGCUCACAUGAUCUUUAAAAUGAGCAGCCAGACCCCUCCCCCUCCCUGAGAAACGAUAUCUGUGAAAGAAAAAUAAUUUGCAAUGCAGACUGAAAUGUAAGGUUCAGUCUCCUGAGUCUUACUGAGCCACAUGCACACACAGCGGCAGAUUAGGCUUCUUCCUGAAGGGAACUCGCCACAGCCCCCUGCAGUGCACACCUGGACGCUCUGGUGCCUGCUCACAGGUCCACAGCCCCCUGCAGCGCACACCUGGACGCUCUGGUGCCUGCUCACAGGUCCACAGCCCCCUGCAGCGCACACCUGGACGCUCUGGUGCCUGCUCACAGGUCCACAGCCCCCUGCAGCGCACACCUGGACGCUCUGGUGCCUGCUCACAGGUCCACAGCCCCCUGCAGCGCACACCUGGACGCUCUGGUGCCUGCUCACAGGUCCACAGCCCCCUGCAGCGCACACCUGGACGCUCUGGUGCCUGCUCACAGGUCCACAGCCCCCUGCAGCGCACACCUGGACGCUCUGGUGCCUGCUCACAGGGUCAGUUGAUAAGUGGCUCCGUUACAUUUUAUUUUUGUUAUUCUCUUUUACAGUAGAAACAAAUUAUACGAUAGAACAAUAUUCAUUUUGUUGCAUGUUAGUUUGUUGCUUUACGUGUGUCUGGGGUAACUUGUCUGUGUUUUUGGAGAAUAAACACUUUUUUGUCAUGUCUCA